AUGCGCUUCUCCGUUGUCUCCAUCUUUACCAUCGUCGCAGCACUUGCUGAAGCGCAGCAAUGCACACCCGGCCGUUACCAAUGCAGAUCAAAUGUGUUUCCCGCGGUCUGUGACGCCUCUGGCAACUGGGUCGUUCUACAGCGUUGCCCAAACAAUUGGCGCUGCAUCGAGAACAACGGCAGCGUGACCUGUUCCCCGUAG